GAAUGGUGUGCAUAAUAUCACAACGGUAAACAGAGAAAGUGGGCGGGGAAUGGGGUGCGGCUGCGUGCUGCAGAUCGGCAUGAGAUCCUCAUCAUGAGCUUUCAUGCUUGCUCAUAUUUGGUGUCCUGCAUCAGAUUGAGAAUAGUUUCGAGGACGCGCCGCCUGGUUCUCGACAUUUCCAGAUGGGGUUAUCCAGGCGGUGCUUAUAUCAACACAAACAAUGCAAUGCAGAUAUCUACAAGUACAGUAGUCUUUUUGUUCAAUAUUUAAUGGGUUGAUAGCUGCUGGUCAUGCUAAUGUUAUAGUUUACAAGCGUGCGCGCACCAAUGGAGACCUAUGCGAACUGUUUGCACGGAUAGCAAUACAAGCAAAAAACGUUCACUAAGCUGGUGGGUUUGUGGUCCGAGAAGAACAAUGACCUUAUUUUGGUGAUAAAAGACUGCAGAUUCUCCCGGGUUGCUAUCUAAUCACGCGGUUCUUGAGGAGAAGGUAGUGUGUUCAUUUCUCAUUGCUGUCCCGGAGUGGAGAGAUGUCAGUCCGCAGGAGCAGAUCGCAUCGGUCGCUGAGACCCGUUACUAUGAUUUUCAUCCUGCUGUUUGUCAACAUUGCUGAAACAACUGCAGGACAUGAUGCUUUCAACGCAGAGUCAUGGCUGAGGACGUAUGGCUACCUGUCCCAGGCUAGCAGACAGAUGUCCACCAUGCAAUCAGCCCAGAUCCUUUCUAAUGCCGUUAAGGACAUGCAGCGCUUCUAUGGCCUGGAGGUGACCGGACACAUGGACUUGGCCACUCUUAAUGCCAUGAAAAGACCUCGCUGUGGAGUGCCAGAUCAUUUUGAGGAGUCAACAGAGAGAGGUACUCGGCGUAAGCGGUAUGCACUUACUGGCCACAAAUGGGAUCAGGACAAGCUGACUUACAGUAUUCAGAACCACUCACCCAAAGUGGGCCAGGAGCAGACCUACGAGGCUAUUCACAAAGCCUUCCAGGUUUGGGAGAAAGUAACGCCUCUGCGGUUCGAGGAGGUCCCGUAUCACGAGAUAAAGAAUGGCAGUGAGGGGCCUGACAUAAUACUACUGUUUGCCUCUGGGUAUCAUGGCGAUAUGUCUCUCUUUGACGGGGAAGGAGGCUCUCUGGCACACGCUUUUUUCCCUGGUCCCGGAAUGGGAGGAGACACACAUUUCGACAUAGACGAGCCAUGGACCUUGAACCAACAGGAGGGCUCAGGUGUGAACAAUUUUCUGCAGUCUUUUUCCUACUUCAAAUAUCAUCUCUCAGCCAUGCAACCCCUCCCGUUCAAGUCUUUCCAUCUAAUGUGGCUUUUUGUCCAUUCCCUCUUUGUAUUUUGUAUCACUCCCGCAGGAAGUAAAUACUGGCUUUUCAGAGAAGCAGACGUGGAGGCCGGAUACCCUCAGGACUUGUUUCGUUAUGGUCAAGGCAUGCCUGACAGAGUGGACACAGCAGUGUGGUGGGAACCAUCUGGCUAUACGUACUUCUUCAGAGGAGACAGAUAUUGGCAGUUUAGUGAAGAAUCCCGUGCCGUGGAUAAAGAUUACCCUAAACCAGUGAGCAUGUGGGGAUCCAUUCCUGGCUCCCCGAAAGGGGCCUUCCUCAGCGAUGAUGGAGCGUACACUUACUUCUACAAAGACACCAAAUACUGGAGGUUCGAUAACAAGCGAAUGAAGGUUGACGCUGGAUACCCGAGAUCCAUUUUAAACGAUUUCAUGGGCUGUCGGGUGCACUUUGACGCAGAAACGGAUGUAAAACCCGACCAUCGAUCACCAGAGACGAACGACAAGAAUCAAGAUCCUGACAACGAAGAAAAUACAGAAGACGGAAUUGAUGACGAAGAAGACGAGAAAAAGGAAGUAGAUGUAAUUUUAAGAGGGAACGAGACUGAUGAACACAUCAUGACCCUCAUUUUGGUGACUGUGCCUCUGGUUCUGGUGCUGUGUAUUCUGGGAGUCAUAUACAUCAUCAUCACCACACUCCAGAGGAAAGAGAUGCCCAAAGUGUUAGUUCACUGCAAAAGAUCCCUGCAGCAGUGGGUCUGAAAACACACUUUCGCUACCCAAUAGCCAAACCUUUCCGCACAUAUCGUUUUCUGAGAGACGCACACCUUGCCGUUUAUGGUGCUCAUCCCAUCGAAAACCCCCUUCCCAAUGUAGAAUUUGCACUUUUGAUUGUUUUGUGGUCAUUUUUUACGUUUACGUGUUGCAAGUGAUUCAUCCGUCUGUGAGUUUUUCCUCUUGAGCCUGUUCGGUUAUAGACUGUGGGAAACGUUGGAUGUAUGAAAACAAGCUCAGAUCAGCACAUUUCUUUCACAUCCUCUGCUAACUGGCCUCAAUAAUGGAGGAAACCGCAAACUCCGUUGCAAGGCCUUGCAGAAAGCGCAGGGUUAAAAGAAAAGUCAGGCUUAAUAAAUUGUCUCACGCACAUUUAGCAGGGUUUAUAGUCUCUUCCCCCGUGGAGCCUUGCCUGAAUUGCAUUACACAGAUGUUGCUGAUUUUGGACUUUAUGGGGAGAAAAAGAGGGGGAUGGGGGCUUGUAGCCUGCCAGCAUUUCCUCUGCCUGAGUUCCACUGAGCGUGCCAAAGACGAGGAGGAGGGAGGAAAGGCCAUUCGAGGCGUGGCUGUACUGUCAUCGUGACCUACAUUAGCGUACCCCUACUUCUUUCUCCCCCCUCAAAGUUUGUCUUCCUGUGGGACUUUCCUUCGUUUUCCCCACUGUACUUCCAGUCUCCCCCAGUUGUGAAGUUUUUGAGAGUCAUUCCUGGCCUCGGAUUGUGUCCGUCAGUGCCUUUCAAGGCUGAAUCUGUGCCUUAAUAGUGCAGACCAUCACCACUGUGUUGGAAAUGUACUUAUUUUCACUGACUUCAUAGUAGACUUUGUGCAGUUUGAGCAAAAAAUGCUUUUCUUUGUUCACGUGGCCUUCAGUAUUUUAAAGCUGAGUCUUUUUUGUAUUUCAUGUCAAUAUGAAUGUGUUUGUGCUUUUUUUUUGUAGUGCCAAAUGAAAAACUCUCCCUUAAUUUGAUGUUUUAUUUGAUUUUUGAUUUGCAUUGUUUUGUAUUAACAAUCGAGUAAAUCAUGCAGGGCAUGUAUUGCUUUUGUUCACAGAUAUUAUCUGGUAUAUAGCUUGCUCACAAUAAAAUGGAGUAUAAAGAUGUAAGUAUCUCUUUAAUUUUUAACUUCCUCUGCUGAUUGUGCACUUCCUUCAUUUUGGUUUGAGAACAGUAACCUUAUAGCUUCCAUUUUUUAAUCUAAGCAUAUCAGUUACGUUAUGGUAGUGUUGCGUAAAUGUUAUUUUCCUGCUAUUGUGCUGAAGGUGCCAG